AUUGACCACUUACACUUCUCUCUUCCCAUCCAAUCUUAGUCGAGCAAGCAAGCUAGCUUCGAAAAUAUGGCGGCUGUUGCUGCAAAGCUGCACGUUCUGAUGGCUUGUGCAUUGCUGCUCCUCGCUGUGGGGUGCCAGGCCAGCCCUUUCUGGCCACUGCAGAUCGGGUUCUACCACGACAAGUGCCCCCAAGCGGAGGCCGUUGUCAAGGGCGUCAUGGAGAAGGCCAUCUCCCAGAACCCCGGCAAUGGCGCCGCCAUGAUCCGCAUGCUCUUCCACGACUGCUUCGUCGAGGGAUGUGAUGCUUCCGUCCUACUCGACCCAACCCCGUUCAGCCCGACGCCGGAGAAGCUCAGCCCGCCGAACGACCCUUCCCUGCGGGGCUUCGAGCUGAUUGACGCGAUUAAGGACGCCGUCGAGGCGGCCUGUCCGGGCGUCGUCUCCUGCGCCGACAUCGUCGCCUUCGCGGCCCGUGACGCCUCCUGCAUCCUCAGCAGGGGCAAGGUGAACUUCGAAAUGCCGUCCGGCCGCCGCGACGGCACCUUCUCCAACGCCUCCGAGCCGCUCAAGUUCCUGGUCCCACCGGCGUCCAACCUCGGCGAACUCAUCGAGAGCUUCGUCGUCAAGGGCCUCAACGCGGAGGACCUGGUCAUCCUCUCCGGUGCGCACACCAUCGGCCGCUCCCACUGCUCCUCCUUCGUCCCCGACCGCCUCAACGCCCCCUCCGACAUCAACGGCGGCCUCGCCGCGUUCCUGAGGAGGCAGUGCCCGGCCGACGCGACCUCGGGCGGCAACGACCCGACGGUGAUGCAGGACGUGGUGACGCCCAACAAGCUGGACAGGCAGUACUACAAGAACGUGCUGUCGCACACCGUGCUCUUCACCUCCGACGCGGCGCUCAUGACGUCGGCGGAGACGGCGAGAAUGGUGGUGGACAACGCCAACAUCCCCGGGUGGUGGGAGGACAGGUUCGAGAAGGCCAUGGUGAAGAUGGCCGGCAUCGAGGUCAAGACCGGCUACCAGGGCCAGAUCAGGAAGAACUGCCGCGCAAUCAACUACUACUAAGUGGAGUGGUACAGCUGCGCACGUACGUACGGGUGCAUGCAUGGUGAAAGAUCACUCAAUCUCGAUUCAUUCUUUGCUCUAACCUGCAAGCGAGUUCAUGUUAUUGUAAAAUUUGGCAAUUCUUUCACUGCGCUCUUUUUCUUAAUUGUCGUUUUUUCCUUUGGUUAUUUCUUUGUCCAAUUCUCUCCGAGCUACGUAAUUCUUUGUGUAUAUGGGGUAGUACAUGUGUGACUGCAAAGCAAUGUUGUUAUAAUGUUCUGUAUUUGGAAUAAUAAAGUGAUGCAUGCAACAAUUUUUUUUAAA